AUGGAACACCAGCAGCAAUGCUAUGGUAAAUAUGGCGGAAACAAAAGUGCUGUCCAAUCUAAUACAAUACCUUCGGAUUCUCCUUGUGUGUGGAAGGACGAUAUGGUAGACCGAGCAGCCGUUUACCUCACGCAGACCUUUGAAUACCCACCAUUGACUCCCGAAGCGGAGAAGGCCCUUGUUAAAAAGAUUGACUGGAUUAUUCUUCCCAUGCUUCUUCUUACUGCGACCCUUGGGGCUGUUGAUAAAGUUGCACUGGGCACUGCGGCCCUUUAUGGACUAAGAGAAGACUUGGGUUUGAGAGGCCAAACGUACGCUUGGGCAGGCUCCAUUCUCCCCAUCGGCGCUAUUGUAGGCAUGUGGCCCUCAUCAUACCUAGUUCAUCGCUUCCCAUCUGCCAAAUACCUCUGUAUCUGUUCCAUUGGGUGGUCAGCCGUUACCCUCCUCCUUCCAACCUGCACAGGAGGGCACAGUUUGCUUGCAUUGAGAUUUAUCAUGGGUUUCCUAGAGGCUAUCAUCGUUCCAGGGAUAUCAUUGUUGAUUGCUGGUUUCUACAAAAAGAGAGAGCAGCCGCCACGGAAUGCCAUCGUGUUUUCUGCGUUUAGUUCGGUCAUUAACGGGUUCCUUUCAUAUACUGUUGGCCGUAUUCCCCCCUCUGCGCCAUUGAGGCUAUGGCAGUACCUUUUUCUAAUCGUUGGAUCCGUAUCAAUGGCCUGGUCAAUAUUUGCCCUUAUAUUCCUUCCGAACUCUCCAAUGGAUGCCCGUUUCCUGACAGAUGAGGAGAAAUAUCACGCUGUCAGGCGCCUUGCUGAGAAUAAAACCGGAAUUGUCAACAAGAGAUGGAAGUGGAACCAAGUGGUUGAAGCAAUCCUGGACCCAAAGACAUGGAUUAUUUUCCUAUUUAAUGUUGCAAUCAACAUUCCUAACGGAGGCCUAAUCACAUUUGGCGGCAUCCUGAUAAAAAAUUUAGGGUUUUCGCCAAUUCAGGCGUCUCUAUUAAACAUGCCUACUGGUGUUAUGUCAACGCUUUCUGCAUUUAUAUUCUCUAGUCUUGCUGCUAAGUGGGCGAAUAGACGGUGUCUAGUUACCAUGUUGGCAGCAGCCGUCCCUGUUAUUGGGUCUAUUAUUGUUUAUACCCUGAAGAGAACUGAUAUACCAGGUCAGAUUGUUGGAUUAUACUUUCUGUAUACUUAUUUUGGUCCUUAUGUUGUUGGCAUCUCUCUUGCUCAAGCAAAUACAGCAGGCCACACGAAGAAAAAUGUCCAAUACUCAAUUUUAUAUAUUGGCUACGCCGUCGGAAACUUGAUUGGACCUCAAACGUUCCGUGAUAGCCAAGCCCCCGCAUACACCAGCGGGUUUAUUGCAAUGCUCAUUUGCUACUGCUCCUGUAUAUUUCUCAUGGCAAUGUACUGGGGCCUAGCUGUAUGGAUGAAUAAAAGCGCUACCAGAGCCCGUGUCUCUGUUGCCUGUGAUGGUAGCCAGGUAGAGGGCCCGAUAGACCAGUUCUUGGAUAAAUCGGAUUUUAAACAGGUUAACUUUAAAUAUACUACAUAA